UUCCAUUUUCCCGCGAGAACAAACAAACCAGAGCCAAGACGAAACCACCACACAUGCUACCAUGUCUAAAACAAAACACUGCCGAAGUUCCUGAGACACAAACAAAGGAACCGAAACAUUCUAGAGGGGGUUUGCUGUUGACCCGACUUCGAGACUUCCACAGUUCUACCCACAGCGUAGAUGUUUACGAAGCUCUUCACCGUCCACACCGUUUAUUUUGAGCCACCUUCCUUCUUUUAAAAGAACUCUCCCACCCACGAUUCUCUUGAAACAGCCGGGAAAAAGGCUAAUUCCUGCCAUGGAUCCAUGCCCAUUUGUUCGUUUGAUCGUCGAAUCAUUGGCCCUGAAACUCCCACAGGCAACCAAACCAGCCGGUUCCGGCGUUUACCCGACAACGACGCCGUGUUUUUGCAAGUUGAAACUCAAAAACUUCCCGUCUCAAACGGUUUUGUUACCUCUCAGCAACAGCUCCGGCGAUUCUCCUCCCGAAUCCUCAACUUCCGCCGCCGGUUUCCACCUCGAUAGCUUAACUCUCCGGCGUCUAUCCGGGAAGCCCGUGACUCUGCGCAUCGAAGUCUACACUGGGAGGAUGGAUCACACGUGUGGUGUCAGUUCUGGGAAGCUGGUGGGUCGUGUUCAGAUCACUAUAGACUUAGCUGUGUCACAAACCAGGCCCUCGGUAUUCCAAACUGGGUGGAUGAAACUGGGGAACGAACCGGAAAAACCAACCGCUAAACUUCACUUAACGGUCAAGGCUGAACCAGAUCCCCGAUUCGUCUUCCAAUUCGGCGGAGAACCGGAAUGUAGCCCCGUCGUGUUUCAAAUUCAAGGCAACAUUAGACAACCCGUGUUCAGUUGCAAGUUCAGCGCCGAUCGCUCAAGAUCUCGAUCUCUCUCACCGGAUUUUAGUAACAAGAAUAGAGGAUGGAUGAGAACAUUAUCGGGAGAAAAGGAAAGGCAAGGAAGGGAGAGGAAGGGAUGGCUGAUAAUGAUACAUGAUCUCUCAGGCUCUCCCGUUGCAGCUGCUUCGAUGAUCACUCCAUUUGUACCCUCCCCAGGCACAGAUCGGGUUUCCAGAUCAAACCCCGGUGCAUGGCUAAUUCUCCGCCCCAACGGCUUCCCCGUCAGCAGCUGGAAACCAUGGGGUCGUCUUGAAGCAUGGCGUGAACGGGGUCCUAUCGACGGUUUAGGCUACAAGUUUGAACUUGUCACCGAAAACGGCCCAAACAAUGGUAUCCCUAUUGCCGAAGCUACAAUGAGUGUAAAAAAGGGUGGUCAAUUUUGCAUAGAUAAGAGAGUAUCAAACGACUCGUUUGCAUUGAGUUUAAGGUCACCCGUCAAGGGCUUCGUGAUGGGGGCGACCGUGGAAGGUGAAGGAAAAAUUAGCAAGCCUGUGGUACAAGUUGGGAUGCAACAUGUGACAUGUAUGGCUGAUGCCGCAUUGUUUAUUGCACUAUCAGCCGCCAUUGAUCUUAACAUGGAUGCUUGCCAACUUUUCUCGCGUAAACUCAGGAAAGAGCUUUGCCAUGAUCACGGCAACGAUUCAUUCUCUUUAAACCCUAUUUAACUCCCCUUCUUUCCUCCUUAAUUUAGUUUUUUUUUUCUAGCUCAUACUUUUUUUUUCAAAUUUUAUUUAGUACGAGGUGUGCCUGCUGAUCAUUUGGCUUUGAAGAGGCUCUUCUUGGGUUGACAAACAUAAAAUCCUUACGUAUAAUUCACUCAGUUUUUGAUCGUCUUGUAUUUUU